AAAUAAAGACAGAGAUAGAGAGAAAUAGAGAGAGGUUAAAGAUAGAACGAGAAUAAGAGAAAAAGAGAUAACAUGAUAAAGAGAGAUCAAAAGUGAAAGAGAGAGAGAUAGAGAGAGACAAAAAAGAAAGAGAGAGAGAAAGAGAUACCAAUGUCUCACUGGCUGACUAUUGGGAUGAAGAGAGAAAGCAAAAAAGAAGGGAAGAAAGAGAAAGAGAUAGAGAGACUCAUAUUCAACUAAAAGAGAGAAAUAAAGACACAUAUAGAGAGAAAGGUGGAAGAAACAAGGAGAAUGAGAGAAAGAGAGAAAGAGAACAUGAUAAAGAGAGAGAGAGUUUAAAAGGGGAAAGGAGAGGGAGAGAGACAAAGAAACAGAGAGAGAGAGAGUAAGGGGGUGAAGGAGAGUAGACUGAUCUGCCGCUGCUCAAGUGUGUGAGUGUGUGUGUGCGUAUGUGUGUUUUCCUGAAGUAAGAUUUGUGCUCUCGCCUCCUCAUCAGCGCGCGCGCAAAGAGGAAGGGCUGCGGGGGGAAGGCUCCACUCGCAGUGCGCGCGGCGCGCGGAGGACGGUCUGAUCUGCUCUCCCCUCCCGUUUGCGAGCUCGCGCCCUGUCGUUUUCGGUUGUGCGCGUACACGGAGAAGGAAGGACUAGUGGAAGCGGCUGGACGCGGCGCUCAGGACGCGCGGACUGGCACCUAAAGCGUGCGCGCAACAGAGAACAAGAAGAGGGGAAAAAGAGGAGAGAGAGGGGAAAAAGAGGAGAGAGAGAAAGAGAGGGAGAGAGAGAGAGAAGAGAGGAGAGUGUGUGUUUGCGUGUGUGAGUAAGUUAGUAAGUGAGUAAGUGAGUAAGUUAGUAAGUUAGUAAGUGAGUAAGUGAAAGAGAGAGAGAGAGAGAGAGAGAGAGAGGAGGGUAUCCUGACUUUUGCCUGCAGCUGCUCUGCACUUCAGCUCGGUGCUCGAGAAAGGAGGGAGUUGUAAACUUUCUCUAUAAAAGAAAAAGCAUUAUAAGAAUAAAUCAAAGGCUAGGAGUGCGUUUUACCCCCUCCACUUUCAAACCGUUUCGCACUGAUGUCAUCGCGCUGGCGUUUGACUGCGGGAGAAGCGCGGUGAACGCCGGGAAAUCAGGUGCAGGGGAGCCGCGGGGUGGCCGGUGAAUAGCCACUGGGUCAAAGCUGCUCUCUCCUCCUCCUCCUCCUCCUCCUUCUUCUUCAUCUUCUCUUUUACCCCCUCCCCUCCUCAACUCUACAGUGCUUUCCUGCCCUGCAAAGUAAUCUUCCCUCCGUCACUCGCAGCCAUGCGCGACACGGUCUUCCUUCUUUCCUCCCUCGGGAAUACGGGGGAAGAUACAAUGAUCAUCACCAGCAACAUCAUCGUCAUCAUCAGCAGCGGCAACCCUAAAACUGGACCCUGGACAACCUGUUUCCCAUGGGACGCACGACUGUGAGCGCACAGCUCCAACGACUGGACUGAACCAAACGCACGGAACUCGUUUGGAGUAUCUUAUACACUUGGUGUAAAGAUAAAAAAACUCCAAACAGGGACAGCAGCAGCAGCAAACUUCACACGGGACAUGGACAACAACAGUUGGAGGACAUACAUAAGGUUGUGAACGCACAGCCCCAACCAGAACCUGACCGUUUCGUGCUCGGAGUUGGCUGCAAAAAAAAGAGUCAUUUUUGGUCUUUUUGGCCACUGCAGCCAAGCUUGGCCGGAGGUGGCGCGGAGCUGCUGGGUGUAAUCGGGGCUCGAACUCCGCUUCACCUGUUCCCCACUCCCUGGAGAGCACAGCUGUUAUGCCCUAAAGCCACCCCCUCCUCACACCGCCACCAACCUCCCCCUACUACCCCACCCCUCCUCUCCUCUUCCCUUCCCCUCUCUUCUCUUCCCACCACCACUCCUCCUCCCCCUCUUCUUCCCCCUCGCGCUCCCGCUGCCCCGCCCCUACCCGUUUACCGAGCGCAGCCGCCGUCCCGUCGCUCCCGGUGGCACACUGCGCCGCGCGCUCCUCGAUUCCUCAACCCACCAGCACACAGGACACACACCUCCUCCUGAGGCUAUGUACGCCGCCGGCAGCAGGCGGGAGCCUCCGCUGACCUCGUGACCUCGUGGCCAUCCCAUCCCAUCAUAUUCCAUCCCGUCUGGCCAUCGGAUCGGCACGUCAAGACGUAAGCUGGGGAAGCUGAGCUGAAGCAACCUCCUUUUCCAUAAAAAGGCGCACGGAGCGAGCGGGACGCAGAGGCAGGGAGCGAUGUGGUCCUUUCUCUCCACGCUGGCUGUCUUGUGUAUCCAGAUGAUGCUGGUGAUGUGCAAUCCUCUGCAGGUGUUCGGAGCUGAUGGUGUGAACUUCAGCAUGCAUGUAGAGAAUCAGACUCGCGCACGAGACGCCAUGAGCCGGAGACAGCCCCGAGUCUACCAGCUCUACAGCCGGACCAGCUGCAAACACGUCCAGGUGCUGGGCCGCAAGAUAAGCGCCCGUGGAGAGGAUGGUGACAUAUUCGCCCAGCUUGUAGUGGAGGCGGACACCUUUGGCAGCCAGGUGCGAAUCAGGGGGAAGGAAACCAACUACUACCUGUGCAUGAACCGCAGGGGGAAACUCGUAGGCAAGGCCAGCAAUCGUAGUCAAGACUGUGUCUUCGUGGAGAUGGUGUUGGAGAACAACUACACAGCACUAAUGUCAGCACGAUACAACGGCUGGUAUGUUGGCUUUACCAAAAGGGGCCGCCCCCGACGUGGUCCACAUACGCUUCUUAACCAGCAAGACGUUCACUUUAUGAAGCGUUCGCCUCCGGGAGAGCAGCCGGACCACACGCCCUUCCGCUUCACCACCGUCAGCAAGAGGAGCAAAAGAGUGCGUGCUGCACGACCGCGUUAGCCUACGCUAAAUUCCACUGUCCCUCUAUGGGACCCUGCUAAAUACUGAAAUCAGGGCCUACUAACAAAAGACAUUCCUAGACUGCAGCCCUGUUAAUGGGACCAUGCUAAUGCCAACUACAGGACCUGGUGCGGAUGGAACGUUGGAAAGUCAGACUCCUUUUGACUGGCUAAAGGACAAUGCAAAGUGUGGAUGGCUUUCCGUUUUGAAGGGUCAGCCGUAUUGUACUGUAGCAUCCUUCAGUAAACAGGAUCUAAACUGGACCUGCUAGCGUACCAAAAACACUUGCUACUCCCCACCAGAGCCUUGACUUGGCCUGGUGUUGACAUACUAAACCAAGCCCAAACCGAAAAGCUCGGUGGAACUUAAUGCAAUGACAAGCUCUAGCCAUUUACCAUGGCAUAAGGAAGCAAAAACAAACAAAGGUAAACUAACAGCCCCCACUACAGUAUGGGGGGGAACACCGACCGAGUAGCCUACUAACCCAGCUAUCGCUUCCAGACGCUUUACGAGAGGGGUACUCUUUUCCACAGCAUAAUCUUUACUCAGGAUUCCCAGAGCAAGAUUCACCUGGAACUGGACUGACAUGGCUGGGAGACAAGUGAGAAAAGGUUUCUGGACUGAGUCAUUUCUAAAGGACUCGGAAGUGAAAAAGAGGAGAGGCUUCAAAUGAAAUCUCUCUUUUUUUGCUCUGCCUGCAAGCUAGUAUGAAUGUGUUGAAUGUGUGUGUGCAUGUGUGUCGUGUUUCAAAUUGCACCAAAGACCACAUUGGAUGCUACCACAGAUGACUGAGGAGUGCAUCUGUGUAGACGAACUUAGGAAAACAUAGCCUACCUAUGGCUGGAAGAACCUACUAAAACUGGAAUGUAAUAAAAAAAAUAAGAAACAUUGAGAAACUCCUUAAGAAAGCUGCACCAAAAAUGACCUAACAACCAAAGACAACUGGAGACCAAUGAUGAACAUGACAACCCCCCACAUCCUACAGCCUCUGAAGCCAUUACAGCCUGUCAGGAUAGAGCACCCAGCAGUGAGACAGAAAAAGGGGCGGGGUUGCUUUUGGAACGACACAAGGAGCAACGUUCCCGUUUGGGUUUCAAUCGGAAUGCUGCUAGUGGAAACUUCAACCAAAGUCACUUAUUAUUAAAAGGGAAGACAAACAUACAAUAAAUAAAACUAUAUAUAUAAAUAUAUGUAAAGAGCAAAGCUAAAUAAGCGAUAUUACUAUGACUGCUACUAUAAUUGUUGUUACUAUAAAGUUUAUUUCACUUAUUUAUUUCAUCUCUGUGUAUGGCAAUCUUUCUAAAGCCAGUAAACUCUACAGAAAUUGUCUGUGUUUUAAAACAACA